UCCUCCAACUCCAUGUUAUAUACCCACUAACAACCCUCUCCCCUUCUUCCCCUCCAAACCCUCAUUGUCCCUCCUCCUUGCCUUUCGUUUUCUCUUUCCUUCUCCUCUUAUAUAUUGUUUUCAAGACAUAGAUACAUAUAUAGAUAUAUACAUACAUACAUACAUAUAUAUAUAUAUAUAUAUAUUAGUGAAUUAAGAGAAAGUAUGGUGGUGGCAUCUGUAACACCUGAACGCAAUGAGAGGAUCCGGGCACUCGGUAUCCCGGUGAUCGACCUCUCGUGGAGGAGAGAACACGCAUCCAAGCUCAUUAUGAGAGCGUGCGAGGAGUUUGGCUUCUUUAAGGUCAUCAACCAUGGGGUGCCAAAAGAAGUCAUCACCAGAAUGGAGGAUGAGGGUGAGGAGUUUUUCUCCUUGCCGACCCACGAGAAGCAGAAGGCCGGGCCGGCGAGCCCUCUUGGAUACGGGAGUCGGAAUAUCGGGUUCAAUGGUGAUAGCGGGGAGCUGGAAUAUCUUCUUCUCCACACCAGCCCGGUUUCCAUCUCCCAGAGAGCAAAGAUUAUAUGCAGGAAGGAUCCAAUCAAAUUCAGUUGUGUGGUGAAUGAGUACGUGGGGGCAGUGAGGCAGCUAGCAUGUGAGAUAUUGGAGAUGCUGGCAGAAGGACUGGGGCUGGGGGAGAAGGGGUCUUUUAGCAGGCUAAUAAGAGACACGGAGAGUGACUCUUUGGUCAGGCUAAAUCACUACCCUCCCAAUUCUACCACUGGUGGCAAUGACAUCACUGAUGCUCUCGGCAGGAGAAAUGGCAACAAGAUCAAAGAUGGCAAGGGUGGCAGGAUUGGCUUUGGGGAGCACUCGGACCCUCAGAUCCUGAGCCUGCUUCGAUCCAACGAUGUCGAUGGACUGCAGAUACUGUCAUCGGAUCACCAUGGCGGUGGUGUAUGGGUCCCUGUGCCGGCCGACCCGGCCGCCUUUUUCGUCAACGUCGGCGAUGCUCUCCAGGCCUUGUCAAAUGGAAGAUUUGUUAGUGUGAGACAUAGGGCCAUGGCCAACUCCUACAGUCCAAGAUUGUCCAUAAUCUUCUUUGGUGCACCUCCCCUCCAUGCAUGGAUCUCCCCACUCCCUGAGAUGAUCACACCUGAGACACCUCGGCGCUACAAGUCCUUCACUUGGGCUGAAUACAAGAAGGCAAUGUACUCCCUCAGGCUUGGCCACAAUAGGCUCGACCUCUUCCAUGCAGAUGAUGAAGGAGAAAAUGUCGAUUUCAUAGAAUCAAUUUAAGAUUUGUUCUUUGGAUAGUCAGGUGCUUUGAUGGAGAAUGUCACAAGAGGGGGUGUUCCUUUUUUUUAUUAGUGUUCCCCCUAGUUUUGGUUGUUUGUUGCCUUUUGAUAUUGAAGGUAAGAAGGGUUGGGGAUUGGGUGAUUUUCACAUUGCAUUUGUAGUGUAAGCAGGCCGCUCUUGACUCAAAAGAGAAGUGGGUGUACUAUAUCUUUAAUUUUGUGAGCAAUAUGUUAAUGUGUCUAUUUACAAA